AUGGCGCGCAGUCAGAUCUCUGCUGCCGCUUCGCGGGUCACUUCGCGGGUCGUCGUGCGACAAUCAUACUACUGGCCUGAUUCGCAAUUGAACCUGUGGAUCAUCAUAAUGCUGGGCACCGGAGGAACAUUGAUUGGCAUUUUCGCAAACUUCAUCGUCAUUCAAAACACAUUGCGAUUAGGGAUACCUUGGAUUAUGCCUUUCGGGAUUGCUGUCGGCGCGCUUACGAUACUCUUCAUCCUCGGAAUGCUCGGUUUAAUCGUUCAGCGGAGACUACUACCGGGCGUUCUGAUGAUCGGUUCCUUCAUCUUGCUAGUUCUCUAUCUCACAGGCCUGAUCGAGACAGCCAUCCAGCUGUUCGGCCCGGCUGGCGACAUUAACGGUAAAUGCCAGACCUACGUCUUUAGCAUGCCUAGCACAGGCUUGAGUAUCGACACCCUCGGCUGGUUGCAGCAGAACAGCAUAUGUCAAAGCUGGUCGGCACUGUUUGCUCUCUGGAUCAUUGGCUCUGUAUUCCUUACCUACAUGAUCGUGCUAGCCGCAAAGGUUGCCCAAGGGACUUUCGGCGACGAGGUUUGA